CUCUUGGCCACACCUACUUCUUCCAUUCACUCUUAGACAAUGAUGCAAUUUUACGUGCUUUACUGGGCGGAUUUAGGAGAACGAUUCAGUCCAGGAUUUGUAGCUAAUAAAAUUGCUUGAAGUAACUUCCUGCAUUAACUGGGCAUUAACUGGUUGAAUACAAACGCUGUAGUCUACUCACGAAAGAGGACAGCUUCGUAAUAAUGGCAAAAAGUCCUGUUGUUGACCAGGAGCUUUCAGCAGUCCUGAAUGAGCUGUGGAAGCUGGAUGUGAACCGCUUGAAGCCUGGAAAAGACUACAAAAUAAAUCUACAGGGGAAGGCUGAUUUUGUGUCCCAGGGCACUAAUUCUGCUAGAGACAAAGCGAGUGCUCCACUCUUCUCUUACGUCAAUGAGGACAAGCUCAAAAGCAUUGCCAGUUAUGCCUGCUUUAUAAAACUUCUGGACAACUAUGAGAUGUCUACAGGUGUGGCUGAGAAAGUGACAAGCGAAGAGCUCCAGGAGAAUCACCUCUUUCUCGAUGCCAUUCUAAAGACAGAGGUCAUGAAGCAUACUCACAAGUAUUUAGUGAGUAAAGGACAAGCUUCCUCUGACAUAGCCACAUUUAAAAAACAGCUCUACGACAUCUGGUUCAAGCUCUAUAACAGAGACAGACGUGGAGGGGCAGACUCAUGUGGGUUUGAGCAUGUGUUUGUUGGAGAGACCAAGUAUGGUAAAGAGAUCAUGGGCCUUCAUAACUGGGUCCAGUUUUACCUGCAAGAGAAUCUGAAUGUUGUGGAUUACAAGGGCUACAAGGCCAGAAAUAAAGACACGCCGGAUGAGGAUGACCAUGUUCUGAACCUGCAGUUUAGCUGGAAGGGCCUGGUGAAGCCCCUGGGCAGCUCCUUCAUUGGUGUCAGCCCCGAGUUUGAAGUGGCGCUCUUUACCAUCAUCUUCCUCAAGAGUAAUGAGCACAUGACCAAAACCGUGGUGAAGGUAGAUGAGUACCUGCUGGAGAUUGUGGUGUGCAGACACGGACACUCCAUUGGAACGUCCUAUCCCAAAAUGCUCAGCAGCAGCAACAGGGACAUGUAGAUCCCCAAGAAAGGACGUGGACAUCCCAGGGAUGUCUAGAGGAAAUGAGGUUCCUCUCAGAAGCCAUAAAAACUGAUGGUUCCAAAAGGAUAGUUGAUAAAUAAGUCAUUACAUAUAACUUUAAAGUUGUUUACAUGCUGGUCACUGAUGGCCAUUUAUCAUAGUAGCAUUUCCUGUUUUUAAGACACGUUUUCAAAAGUGCCUCACUGUUCAUCUUUUCUGAUACAAACUGAUUAUUGAUUUAAAUUCAAAAUGAUUAAAAUAUAAACUUUUCUGUUGCAGACCAGUGGACUAAAGUUGAUAUAUGAAACUGAAAUUAAGGAGAAAGACCAUCCUCCUGGCUACUAGCUUUCUUUAACAGUGUCUGGCAGCUGCUAGCUGCCUAUGCCACUGUUGGAUUUUUAGCGAGGGGGUGGGGAUGUUUGGCAUUCUACUGCAAUACCCGCAGCUCUAAUUUCAACAACUUUGAUUCUAAUAGUUCUUUACCCUUUCUACAGCUCUGUUUGCACUUAUCAAAACGUAGAUUAUUAAUGGAAGGGGUGGUCUGCAAUCUCUGAUCUAAUGCUAAAUUAAGGGUUAGCUCUUAAACAUGUUAGAAAUAAUUUAAAAAGCAUUUAUAACAUUUUAAGAGGGAAAUGGCAGUCUUUUUGUUGGCCAAAUAGUCCACAUUUAUUUGUACUUUUAAAGCUCAGAUCUUCUUGAUUAAAGCUCAGAUCUUCCUGGUUAUACCUCUGAUCUUGCCGGUUCGGUAUCUUACUUUUCUCUAUCAUCCAGCAUUAUAACUGUCAGCUUCAUCAGACAUUUGUUAAUAUGGUUGUGUUAUUAGUCAGAAAUUAUAAUUUUACCUAAAUUAACAUAUGAAAUAACCAAUUCAAUUCAUGCGUCAACAGGUAAAUGUUUCAAAGGUAUUUAUACCCUAAUUAAUAACCGCACAUAAUUUUAAAACCUGUUGUAAGGGUAAACCUACUGUAAAAGUGAUACCAAAUAUAUAUUUUUUCUGUUCACUGUGAUGUUAAUUUGAACAUACAGUGUAUUAUAAGUAAUACCUAGUAAAUCAAGCUCAAAAGAAUUGCUGUUUUGGUCUUGUUGAGCCAUCUUUAUUAAUUUAGUGGAAAAAAUGAUACUUUUGCUAUUAUACACUUUAUUUGAGACAAAAUA